UAACUUAUACAAACUCAUCAAUGGAGGGCAGCAGCUCAUCCCUACUCUCCAUCAUGACAGUUUACAUCAAAGAGGAACCUGAAGAUGAGGGAGCGGAAAUAACUGUGAAGGAUGAACCACUUUGCAGUGAAGAAUAUGAGCAAACUCCACUUCCCUCAUCUUGCGAGCCAUGCAAGAAAGAGGUUCAAGUUGAGGCUCACGAGGCCUGCACCAGCGCCUCACAGUACAAUGCUGCAGUGCCUCAUAAGCAGGAUGUCUUGCCUUGCAAUGUCCAGAGCAACAUUGGACAGGAUGAGUGGAUGGCAGUUUCUCCUGAAAACAAGGAAAAAAAUAUUUCUGUUGCUGAGAAAAAUAUUUCCCCAGUGCCCAAUAGAGCAGCUUUAGUCCAGGAAGUUCUCUUUGAUCAGCCUGUGGCUGAGUUCAAGUCUUUUGAGUCAAACUUGUCCAACAAAGACAAGGUAAGAUUAGCGGAGGAAUUGCAUAAAGUUUCCUCAUCGACUGAUUCAUCCCAUUCUAAAGUUCCUUUUAAUGCCCACCAGUUGAACAAAAUUGAUUUUGGAUCUAAAUUUAAAUGCAAGUUAUGCAACUAUGUAACAGCUAGGAAACAAAGUCUCCGUAGGCAUUUGUUUUCUAAACAUGGUUUAGGGGAAGGAUUCAAAUGCAAGUUAUGUGACCAUGCCACGGCUAAUAACCAAAAUCUCCAUAGGCACUUGUUUUCAAGACAUGGUCUGGGGGAAGGAGCCAAAUGCAAGUUGUGUAAUUAUGAAACUGACAGACAUGAACGUCUCGAAAUUCACAUGUUCUCUAAACAUGGUUUAGGGAAGAGAGUAAAAUGUGAUCUGUGUGACUAUGUUACUGCUCAAAAACAAAGUUUACAACAUCAUCUGUUUGCAGAACAUGGUUUGGGGCAAGGAUUCAAAUGUAAGUUGUGUGAUUAUGCUGCUAGUAGUAAAGUUAUUCUCAGCAGGCACCUUUCCUCAAAGCAUGGUUUGGGAGGCUUAAAAUGCAAGCUAUGUGAUUAUUCUGCAUGUGAUAAAUCUCGUUUAAAUGAGCACAUGUUUUCUAAGCACGGUCUGGGUAAAGGAUUUCAAUGCAAGCAGUGUGAUUAUGUCAACUGCAGAAAAGAUUGCCUUGAUAGCCACAUGUUUUAUAUACAUGGUUUAGGGAAGGGAUUCCCAUGUGAGUUUUGCGAUUAUGUCACGGGUAAGAAACGGUAUCUAACAAAGCACCUGAAAUCCAAACAUGUUCUGGAUUAUGAAAAAUCUAAUAGUACAAGUACUGCUACUAUGUCUGCUGACAAUCCAAUCUAAACUUUGUUGAGGGGGUUUUGUUGAAUUCAGUUCGUGUGUAUUGGUUGCAGCUGAUAAAUAUCAGAUGAAAUGUGUACAGAUUUAUGGCAGUUGUUUGGUUGAAGUAUUCCAUAUUGAGUUUAUUUGCAAUGCCACAAUAAAAAUUUGAAUGAAACUUGCAAACUAUGCACCUUCCAUGUCAAGAAAUCAAGGUCUUGAUGCUCUGUAAUCUGGUCGGCCUUCUCAUUUUGUGCCCGAAUUUUUAAUUUUAAAUAGAAUCUUAUUUAGAUGAGAUAAUGUGAGUGAAGCAAAUCAAUUUUUCUGCUCUUAUAAUUGGUACUUAGUUCAAUACAUUGAAAUUUUCAAGAUUAUUUGAUUCAAGUACUUAGUCAUUUUCAUUACUCAGUUGGGGGAAGGGCCUCUCCAAUAAUAAACUUCUUAGUGGCAACAAUAGUAGCCUCCAUUUGUAGGCUACUUAUUUAAAGUUGCCAGAUUGAAAUAACAUUUACUAGGUUGAACAUAGAUGAGGUUUUUGAUAAUGAUUUCUUAAUGUAAAUUUUAGGCUUACAUAGCUAGAGAUAACAUCUACUCCUGGAUUUGGAAGAUUAUAAUAUGGCUAAGAUAUUGUACUUAUGAUAAAAUACAUGAGAUUUUAUCUUGUAUUAAUAUUCAUUCAAAAAAUACUUUUAAAGACAACACUUCUAAA